CUUACAAACAAAAUGCAUUUUUUACAUAUACCUAUAGAGAUCAUCAACGAGAUACUUCUGAAUACAUCCAGAAAUGAUCUUCUACAAUGCGCUCUUUCUUGCAAGAGCUUGUCAACAGCUUCACUGCAAGUAUUUUAUAAAAAUGUGAAUUUAACCGCUCAAAAUAUUUGCAUUUUGAAUUCACAAAUGAAUUUGGAAAAACAUGAACGCGAUUGUUACUUUCGAUAUGGUGCCUUUGUUCUGUCACUCGAGAUAUCGGAUGAUCUUGAUGAUAACGAGUAUACUCCUAACUCAGAAAGCGUAAUGGAUAAAGACAGCUUUAUCGCCUUUCUAGAGUAUCUGCCUAAUCUUGAAGUUUUAAACAUCAAACGAAGUGCCUUUGUGGUGGAAUACUUUAGGUGGCUUCUUUACACUCAGUCCACCGGAUGUUUAAACCGUAUCCAGCAUAUUGACUAUGAUGAGAACUCUAUUCAACGUUUUCACACUAGUCUCAUAUUUGACUUACAUUUUCUGGUUUGUUACAAAUACCGUGCCACCAUCAAUCAUCUCGUGUUACAUUAUAAACACCAAAUGAUCGAGGUGGAUUCUCACCAUGAUCGAACUUUAACGUUUUUAAGCCAUUUCAAAAAUGUACAACAUUUACUACUGGUUAAUCAGUGUGAUGACGCAUUGGAAAUUCUUGAUAUCACAAAAAUUUGCCCCAAUUUAAUCUCGCUUCAGUACAAGAGCGAUCGUACCAUGUCAGACACCCGUUUAUCAAAUGAUUCCACCAAUAGCAAGAUGACUCGUUGUUUGAAAAGCUUAACUUUGGAAGUGCCUACUGUUUCAACUGGCCUGAUUGAAUACAUCACAGAUUAUAUUCCUGCACAAAUAGAUUCAAUUAAUAUCACAAUGUAUGAUACAGAUUUGUGCGACUGGAUAAAUACAGUUGGUAUAAACAACGCUUUAAAGUGCGUGGCCCAUUUGGGUACGUUCAAAGUUAUCCGUUUUAACUUUGAGCCACCAAAAACUUACAGGCGAAGAUCAAAACAAGAGGAGUCCAAGACAACCCUUCUCUUUAAAUUACUUGGUGCGUUUAAAGUAAAUAAGAAAAGUGCUGUACAUGCUUAUUAUGACGAUUUUUCCUCUGUUCGUGACUCUUUGGCUUACAACUCUGAUUAUGGAAUAACAGUAAAUAUCGGAUCGAAGAUUGGUAACGGGGGUUCCUACGAUGAAAGCAGAAUAAAGCUAGAGUUUCCAGAUACGCAGCGCUCUGUUAUUGGGUUAGAGGCGAUCAAUCACAUGCACGCUAUCAUGUAUGAUAAACGUCCUGAGGUACAGACGUAUUUCCUAAAAGAAGCACUCAAUCGAUGCCCAGAUCUUUUAAGUUUCAAUUUUCGGUUCUCCUUGAAUCUUUAUCGAGGUGUCCGACUCAAGACAAUUAACUAUCCAAGCUCCCCAAAAAAUAAAUUGAACGUCAUGAAAAUCGGAGAUUACCUUCCAACUGGAGAAUUCAUGGACCUGCUUACUACUCAUUUACCAAAUAUCGAGAUCCUGUCAGUCGGAAGUCCUGGCAAAUCUCGACAGGCUCUUACAUCGCCCAUAAUGAUUGACUUGCGCCCUUUUGGAAAUAUUCAAAAGUUUUCUUUCAAUUUGCAAAUUUUGCUUGGACGUCGAUCAGAGCAUGGGGUCAAUAUCACAUUGUGUUACGAUGAUAGUAGUUCAAGAUAUUACAGUCAAGUUAAGGAGACUCGAAAGUUUGUAGAAAAGAAUAGAGAAAACAAAGAAGCAUCUAGCGAGUGGAUUUACGAUAAUCUCACUAUUGGUUGUAACAAGGAUCUUGAAGUAUACAUCUACAGUGAUGAUGAUACACUUAUUGCUGAAUUCGGUAAACAAGGGUACACAGAUCGUACAAGUGAUAGCAAUAGGUCUGAAGUAAAUCCUUUCUUUAUGUAAAGAAAUAUAGUGCAUUCAAUAAUAAAAUUAAAACUAUAAAUUAUUGGCUAAAGAA